CCGGGUACGGGGAGGCAUUGCUAGGGGACAGGCUGGCGGGGAACCGGGCUGGGGUCGCAGCCACCCGCGGUCCCGCAGGGCGGGGAGCCUGAGCCCCGAAGUGCCCCCCAGCAGGCUUGCGGCCGGCGGAACGCAGGCAGUGGACCGGCCUUCCCGUCGGGGGCGGGCCGGGCGGGGCGCGCGUCCUUCCAGGCCGCUCGGUCGCUUGUGCGUUCCGCUCCGGCCGCCCUUUGCGCUUGGAUCCACUUCCCCAUCUGUAACGAGGUGGUGAGACGAGGCGGAGUUGACCUGGAAACCUCUCCUUGGCUACUGUCCUUUCUAAGGAACUCAUUUCCAGAGUCCACCAGCACAGAACUGGUGGGGGAGCCUACUAGGAACAGAGAAAAUGGCCAUCUUCAGGCAGCUGUCCCUAGGCACGAAGGCCACCCUGGCAGCUGUCACUGUCUUCAUGUCCAUGAUCGCCUCCCGCUCGUAUCUGGCAGAGAGCCUUGAGCUCAGGGCCUGGCGUUGGCUGCUUCGCUUGCAGCUUGCCCUGUUUGUCAACUCGCUCUUGCUCAUUGGCUCCCUCUACAUUUGGCGCAGCACAGUGAGCAACCUCUGCCACUCCCCAGCUGCAGAGUCAACCUGUUUUCAGCUUUGGAAGGUGGUGGUUCUGGCAUUUCUGGCCCUGGCCCAUUCCAGUUUCUUUACCAUGUUCUUUUUAGUGGCCGAAGAGCCCUAUCUCUUUUCCUUGGCGGCCUACUCCUGCCUGGGUGCUUACAUCAUCAUGCUCUUCUUCCUCUGCAUCCUCAGCGGCAUGGAGCAGGCCUACCAGUUCUUGGCCUGGCGCAGUGGUAGGGUCGUGGGCAGCCUUGACAAGACAAGGAAGCUGGUGCUUAGGCCUGCCCUGGCAGUGGGAGUGACUGCUGUGCUCAGCGUGGCCGGGAUUCUGAAUGCCGCGCAGCCCCCGGCUGUGAAAACUGUGGAGGUGCCCAUCCAUCAGCUGCCUGCCUCAAUGAACAACCUCAAGAUCGUGCUCCUCUCAGACAUUCACUUGGGCCCCACAGUGGGCAGGACCAAGAUGGAAAUGUUUGUGAGGAUGGUGAAUGUGCUGGAACCAGACGUCACAGUGAUUGUGGGUGACCUCUCCGACUCAGAAGCCUCGGUCCUGCGGACAGCUGUCGCUCCUCUGGGCCAGCUUCAUUCACGUCUCGGUGCCUACUUCGUCACAGGCAAUCAUGAGUACUACACGUCAGAUGUCAGCAACUGGUUUGCACUUCUGGAAUCCCUGCAUGUCCAGCCUCUUCAUAAUGAGAACGUGAAGAUUUCCGCCACACGGGCCCAACGUGGUGGUGGUGGCAGUGGCAGUGGGAGUGAGGAUGAGGACUGGAUCUGCUUGGCUGGGGUGGACGAUAUUGAAGCAGACAUCCUGCACUACUCUGGCCAUGGCAUGGAUCUUGACAAGGCCCUGGAGGGCUGCAGCCCAGACCACACAAUCAUCUUGCUAGCUCACCAGCCCCUGGCUGCCAAGAGAGCUCUCCAGGCUCGGCCAGAUAUUAACCUGAUCCUUUCUGGGCACACACAUGCUGGGCAGAUCUUCCCCUUGAAUGUAGCAGCCUAUCUCCUGAAUCCCUUCUUUGCUGGUCUCUACCAAGUGGCCCAGGCUACAUUCGUAUAUGUCAGCCCAGGCACAGCCUACUACGGGAUACCCAUGAGGUUGGGUAGCAGGGCCGAGAUCACAGAGCUCAUCCUGCAGCGGUCUCCCUGAACUGGCCCUGCCCUGUGCGCCUCUGCCCUGCCCUUGCCCUCAACCCUCCGUCCUGCUUCAGAGUGGUUUGCCUGCUUUUUCCCUCCAGCCUUGCCCACUCAGCCUUGCCUACACACCCUUGGUCACAAGCCUGACUCAAACAGUGACUUAUGGUGGGGCUGCCUGGCAUGUUCAGGCUGGUUUAACUGUUUCCUUGGCCAGUUGCUUUUUUUGAUGCACUUGUGAGAUCACUAAGAUCACAUAUAUGAACACUCCCCUCUAUUUUCCAGAUGGUGUGGAAUGGGGACCUUCUCCUGCAGAACUCCCAGGGAUGAACCUCCCCUCGGGGUUGCUAGAAAGGAAUACCUCUAGAAGGUGGGGCCGGGGAGGAGCAGGAGCAUUUUUCUCCUGGUGUUUUAAAAUUGUCUUUGGGACUUAAGUGGUUUCCAGAAUCAUUGAUCCAAAGCCUUUCUGGGGAAGGGAUAGUGUUGCCAGGUAAUUUGGGAGAACAGGCAAGAUGGAAGGGUCCUCUGGCUGCUAGAGAAGAAUAUUUUCUUUUCCUCUGCUUCUAUCAGGAUCACCUCUAUUGAGGGCAUCAGCAAAAUCUACUAGAAUGCCAAGCUCCUCCUGUUCCAGGCCUUGAGGGAUGCUAUUUAACUGUCUGUGCUCCUGGGCCUUUGAGGGCAAGGUCAGGGGAGAAGAACGAUGGGCUCCAUUGUCGGUGAUGGUGAGAACAUGGCUGCUUAGGAAUUCAGAAGGCUUUGCCUCCCUUGUCUCAUUUUAUACAACCCUUUGGGGAGCUCACUGGGGACAGGCUGCUUUUCCCUAUUUGGAGAUGAGGAAACCAAGGCAAAGAGAGAUAGGGCACAGGCAGUAUGACAAGAUGUGUAGGAGAUUUGGGGCUAGAAACCAGGUCUUGUACCUCCCAGUAAAAGCGGUGCUUUUCCACCGUGUGGUCAUUAAGUAGCUGCAUCUGUUGCAGGUGAGUGCAGGAUUCAAAUGCAGUUCACCAAUUCACAGUGCAAAGAGAACGAACAAGGGCCUAGGACCCCAUGCUCUUUCAAAGUGGUUUGCUUGAGGCUGAUUUCAACUUACCCAUAGCUACAUGGACCGGAGCCUGGAAGGGAGUCAGCUAGUUUCAGUGUAGGAUGUCUUACAUUUGAAGAAGAGUCAGGAAACUGGAACCCUCUACCUCCGACCCCAGGUUUGGAUUUGAUUUUUCUGUGAGCAGCUGGGUUCACUCUGUCAGUGGGGGAGAUGAGGCCUGCAUGGGAGUGGCAGUGCUGUGUGCCUCUGGCAGGGCCUGCAGACUCCUCUCCCUGGGCCUGGCUGUGGAAUGCAGAGACUCUUCUUCCUGCUAGGUGGCUUCCAACCUACUUGCCUGACCCUGUAAGAGCUGCCCUUGGGCUCUGGCCACGAAAUGAUAGGGCCAUCCCUGCUGGCUUCUAGACCCAUAGAAAAACCAGGCAGGGAUUAUGACGUCCCAGUGACCCUGUUGGCCUGGCCCUUUUGCCAGAAGCAACAGAUCCUUUGAUCCUGAGAUGGAAGAUAAGCACCCGUGUUAGAAAAGGCCUCACUGAGAAGACAGGGCUGGGCCGGUUUCCUGCUGGGUGAUUUAGGCUUGUGAUGGAAAGUCUUCCUCCAAUGGGGAGUGAAGACACUCGCUCUGACCGGAGAGGCUAACCCUGCUGCUCACUCGUUGGGCAGUGUUGGGUGGGUGACUUUCCCUCACUCAGCCUUGGUUUCCAUCAACCCUAAAAUGGGGAUAAUUAUCAUAUCUACCUCAAGAUUGUUUUUUUUUUUUUUUUUUUUUUUUUUUUUUUUUUUUUUGAGACGGAGUCUUGCUCUGUCGCCCAGGCUGGAGUGCAGUGGCGCAAUCUCGGCUCACUGCAAGCUCCGCCUCCCGGGUUCACGCCAUUCUCCUGCCUCAGCCUCUCCGAGUAGCUGGGACUACAGGCGCCCGCCACCACGCCCGGCUAAUUUUUUGUAUUUUUUUAGUGGAGACGGGGUUUCACUGUGGUCUCGAUCUCCUGACCUCGUGAUCCGCCCGCCUCGGCCUCCCAAAGUGCUGGGAUUACAAGCGUGAGCCACCGCGCCCGGCCCUCAAGAUUGUUUUGUCAGGAGGGAUCCAUCAAGCCUUGUGCAUGAGUUCCACAUGGCACAGUGUGCACAGUAAACACUCAAUGUUAAUUUUUCAACGUUCCAGUGGAGCUUGCUAAGGAACUAUGUUGGGCCCAGGUGCCCAGAGGAUUCAUGGCGCAGGCCAGUCCUGGGGAAUGUGAGUGGGUAGCGAGCCGCCUGCUGCUGGGGCUGGUGAUGUGUCAAAGCAGCAACGGCUGGGGGUUUGCCUUCCUCCCCUCGUGCGCAUUCUGGCAGGCAAAGGGGGUUUCUUCCUUUCCUCCUUGUCCUCCUGGUGUAUAGUGGGGUUCUGGGGGAUCUGGAGACCACCCUUUUUGUUUCCAGGCAGCCACGGUAUUGACAGUGGGCCAUCCCAUGCAGUUUAAAAUGUAUCUUUGAGUUGAAAUUUUGGUGGUUUCCUUAUUCUUUUUUCUCUCUUCACUGUCCUUCCAAACUCACUUUUCUUGUGUCCCGACCGCAUUUUGUGAAUCAUCCUUACUCCCUUUCAGUUCUCGCUUUGGAUUUCACCAGGUGGGCUAGAUGGUACCAUUUCACUUCCACUGUUUGAUGCGGCUGGUAAUGUUUGACUCACCUGUUACGUGUUAUUUCACUGGUUUCUUGAUUUUACAUCUUUCUCAUCAGUGACCUGGGCUUGAUGAAAUUAGCUUUCAUGAAGUCCUCUUUUUUUUUUUAAUUUUGCAUCCUUACCUCUUUUCUUUCUCUUGAAUGCCAUCAUUGUGUGGUCUUAUGUACCCUUCAUCCACUCUGAAGUCCUUGCUUGACUGAUUGCUUUCUAUUAGCAGGAAGAAAACAGAUCCAUCCUAUUUAUCUGAGAAACAUCAUCAACACCCUCUCAUAUCUGGUUUGUAUUCCCUGACUCGGCGGACAUUUUUCCAGCAGAAAUUUCUCCAUCACUGUCCAGAUUCUGGCCCUGGUGGGCAGGUCUCCAUGACACCUUUAGUCCCUCUGUUCAACAUUCUUAAACCAUUGACCUUCUUUUUGUUUGUUUGUGGCUGGGGGAGGUGGUGAGAAACAUUACUUGAAGCUUGAUCAUUCUUUCAAUUUCAUUUGUUUCUUUAUUUUUAAUCUGUUAGAUGCAAAUUGAAAUGCAAUGCUUUUUGAAAAUUAGCAAUAGCAUCUGUAGUAUAUGAUGCUGUUACAAAAUCUCAGUAAACUGAUCCUGCUGCUGUUCCUUCCAAAUACCCAUCCAUGCUUUUUUUCCCCUCGUAUUUUGUUUGGUUUAUUUUAAACUUUUCAUACAUACACCUCUCUCCCAGCUUUAACAAGCAUGACGAGACCAUUCUGCCAUCCUUUCUCAGCUACCCCUGCCCCACCAGUACUCUUUAUUUUUUGGCUGGAGUAUAUUAAGGUAAAUCAUAGAAAACAUAAUGUUACCCCAAAAUUACUUCGUAUGAAUCCUUUUUCAAAAAGCAUAGCUAUAGUGUCAUUAUCAUAUCCAAUGAAAUUAACAGUGAUUCUUGAAUAUCAUCUAAUAGCUAGUUAGGAGAUUUGGGGCUAGUAGCCAGAUUUUUGACCUCUUCAUAAAGAAGUGUUCUUUCCACUAUCUGAGUAUUAAGUAGCUGUAUCUGUCACAAACGAGUACAGAAUUCAAAUGCAAUUAACUGUGUGAAGAGUUAGUGUUUAGUUUUUCCUGAUUAUCUCAAUUAUAUUUUUUAUUGUGGCAAAAAAAUUACUAUCUUAACCAUUUUUUUUGUUCUUUUUGUUGUUGUUGAUCUUAACCAUUUUUAAGUGAAUAGUUCAACAGUGUUAGGUAUAUUCACAUUGUUGUGAAAUUGAUCUAAUUGAUCUGUAGAACUUUUUCAUCUUGCAAAUCUAUACCCAUUGAGCAACAAGGCUCCAUUUCCCCCUUCCUCCAGCCCCUGGUGACCACAAUUCUACUUUCUGUUUCUAUGAAUUUGACUGCUUUAGAUACCUCGUAUAAGUGAAAUCAUGCAGUUUUUGUCUUUUUGUGGCAGGCUUAUUUCAGUUAGUAUAAUGACCUUAAGGUUGUGUCACGUGACUGGAUUUCUAUCCUUUUUAAGGCUGGACUACAGUAAUAUUCUGUUGUAUUUUCAUGCCACAUUUUGUUUAUCCAUGUUGAGCAUGUUUUCAUGGGCUUGUUGGCCACUUGUAUACCUUCUUUGGAGAAAUGUCUGUUCAAGUCCUUUGCCUAUCUUUAAAUCAGGUUAUUUAAUUUAUUGUUGUGGAGAUGUAGGAGUUCUUUAUAUAUUCUGGACAUUAACCCCUUAUCAGAUAUGUAAUUUGCAGAUAUUUUCUUCAGUUCUGUACAUUGCCUUUUCACUCAUUGUGACCUUUGAUGCACAGAGUUUUAAAGUUUAAUUUAGGCCCAUUUCUCUAGUUUUGCUUUUAUUUUGGCAUCAUAUCCAAGAAAUCAUUGCCAAGUUCAAUAUCAUGUAGCUUUUUUCCCCAUGUUUUCUUCUAGGAGUGUUAUAGUUUCGGGUCUUAUGUUUAGGUCUUUAACCCAUAUUGAAUUAAUUUUUGUGUAUGGUAUAAGAUAAGGAUCCAACUUCAUUCUCUUGCCUGUGAAUAUCCAGUUUUCCCAGCACCGUUUUCUGAAGAAAUUGUCCUUUUCUAACAUCGAGAGAUCUUGGCAUCUUUGUUGAAAAUCAUUUGACUAUAUACACAAGGGUUUGUUUCUUGGUGGUCUGUUCUCUUUCAUUGCUCUAUUUGUCUGUCUUUAUGCCAUUACCAUGCUAUUUUGAUUACUAUAGCUUUGCAAUAUGUUUUGAAAUCAGGAGGUAUGAGUCUUUCAACUUUGCUCUUCUUUUUCAAGACUUUUGUCUAUUUGGUGUCUGUUGAGAUUCCAUAUGAAUUUUGGGAUAAAUUUUUCUAUUUCUGCAAGAAAUGCUAUUGGGAUUUUUAUAGGGAUUGUGUUGAAUCUGUAAAUCACUUUGGGUAGUAUGAACAUCUUAACAAUAUGAACCUUCCACUCCACGAACAUAGGAUUUUUUUCUAUUUGUUUGUGUCUUCUUUAAUUUCUUUUUAACAGUGUUUUGUAGUUUUCAGUGUAGUCUUUCACCUUAGGCCUAUUUCUAAGUAUUUUAUUCUUUUUGAUGCUUUUAUAUAUGGAAUUUUUUAAAAUUCCAUUUAGGAUUGUUCAUUUUUAGUGUAUAGAGAUGCAACUGAUUUUGGUAUGUUGCUUUUGUAUCCUGCAACUUUGCUGAAUUCAUUUAUUAGUUCUAACUGUGUGUGUGUGUGUGUGUGUGUGUGUGUGUGUGUGUGUGUGUGUGUGUGUAGUCUUUAGGGUUUCCUACAUCUAAGAUUAUAUCAUCUGCAAAUAGAUUAUUUUACUUCUCCUUUCUGGUUUGAAUGCCUUUUAUUUCUUUCUUGACCAGUUGCUCUGACUAGGACUUCCAGAACUAUGUUGAGUAGAAGUGGCGAAAACAGACAUCUUGCCUUGUUCCUGAUCUUAGAGGAAAAGCUUGCAGUCUUUCACUGUUGAAUAUGAUGUUAGCUAUGGGCUUUUCACAUGUGGGCUCUAUGAUGUGGAGGUAGUUUUCUUCUAUUUUGCAUUUGUUGAGUUGUUGGUUUUUUUUUUUAAUCAUGAAAGGGUGUUGAAUCUUGUCAUGCUUUCUCUGCCUCAAUUUAGAUUAUCAUGUGGUUUUUGCCCUUCAUUCUGUUAAUUUGGUGUAUUAUAUUGAUUGAUUUUUAUAUGUUAAACCAUUCUUGCAUUUUAGGAAUAAAAUCCCACUUGAUCAUAGUAUAUAAUCCUUUUAAUGUACUGUUGAAUUCAGUUCGCUAGUAUUUUGUUGAGGAUUUUUACAUCAAUAUUCACCAGGAAUAUUAUUGUUCUAUAGUUUUCUUAUAGCGUAUUUGUCUGGCUUUGGUAUUAGGAUAAUAUUGGUCUCAUAGAAUAAAUUUAGAAAUGUUCCUCCUCUUCAACUUUCGUAAGAGUUUCAGGAAGAUUGGUAUUAAUUCUUCUUUAAAUGUUUGGUAGAAUUCUCCAGUGAAGCCAUCUGGUUCUAGGUUUUUCUUAGAGUUUUGUUUGUGUGUGUGUGUGUGUGCGUGUGUGUGUGUGUGUGUGUGCGUGCACGCACGCAUGCCGAGACAUAGUCUCGCUCUGUAGCCGGGGCUGGAGUGCAGAGGCAUGAUCUUGGGUCACUGCAACCUCCACCUCCCAGGUUCAAGCGAUUCUCUUUCCUCAGCCUCCCAAGUAGCUAGGACCACAGGCAUGCACCACCACACCCGGCUAAUUUUUGUAUUUUUAGUAGAGACGGGGUUUCACCAUGUUGGCCAGGCUGGUCUCAAACUCCUGACCUCAAGUGAUCUGGUCGCCUCCCCCUCCCAAAGUGCUGGGAUUACAGGCGGGAGCCACCAUACCUGGCCUCUUUGAGGUUUUUGAUGACUGAUUCAAUCCUUUUAAUAGCUAUUGGUCUGUACAGAUUUUCUGUUUCUUCAUGAUUCAGUCUUGGUGGGCUGGGUGUGUCUAGAAAUUUAUCCAUAUCUUCUAGGUUAUCCAAUUUGUUGGCAUACAGUUGUUCAUGCUAUUCUCUUACAAUCCUGUGUUUCUGUGGCAUCAGUUAUAAUGUCCCCUCUCCAUUUCUGAUUUAUUUAUAUCUUCUUUUUUUUAAAAUCUAGUGAAGUUUCUCAAUUUUGUUGAUUUUUUUUUUUUCAAAAACCAACUCUUUUUUUUCCUACUAUCUUUCUAUUCUGUUUUGUUUAUUUCUGCUCUAAUAUUUUAUUUCCUUUUUCUAGCUUUGGGUUUUUUUUUUCUUCUUAUGGAAUUGUCUUUUUAUAGUUAUUUUGUUUGAAACAGGAUCUAAAAAUAGGUCUAUAUUUUCCCGUGGUGUAUUUCUUCAGUCUUCUUAAGUCUAUAACAUCCCCUUUUCCUUAUUUUAUGUCAUUUAUUUGUUCAAGUUAUCUGGGUCAUACGUCUUAAAAUUUUAUACAUUUUGUAUUUUGGUGUCAAUUAACAUGUUCAUAUUUUCUGUGAGCUCGUAGAGCUAAAGCUCUCUAAAGGUUAGAGCUAGAGGCUGGAUAGAUUCAGGUUCAACUUUUUCGCUUUUUGGGUAGGAAGACCUCAUUGUUUCAGUGAUGCUAAGAUUGACCUGUCUAUCCAGAUGUUGUCAUCUUGAUCCCUCCACUAGAAAAUUCCGCAUUAUCUUUCCAUUUAAUGUUUCAGCCGUCAUUGGUGAUUGUUGCCUAAUGUCAUUAUUUCACUAAAGAUUGCAAAAUGGUGAUUUGUAAAAUUCUACCCUUUUUUUCUGCAUUUACUGGCUAUGGAUCCUUUACAAAGAACUCUGCUCAUCAAUUGUGUGGUUACUCUGAAAAAGCCUAUAACAAAGGCAAGACAGAUACCAGAUUCUUUCACUUGAUUCCUUAGUUUAUAGCAUAAUGAGCUGAUACCACAGCAACCUCAUGAACAGCUCGUGUCAGGAAUUCCCCAGGCCCUUGAGUCUCUGGGGUGAGUUGUAGGGGUGUGUAGGGUGCUGGGGUUUAAGAUCUGCUGAGUAGGUGCUUAUCAGAGUUAUACUGAGGGACCUGAAGACAGAUCAUCUUCACGUAAUCAGCAUGACCCAUAAUCUGUGAUGUCACUGAGCUUCUUUUAUUUCUGUAGUCAAGGAAUGUGCACAAGUAAUGCAAAUAUAAUUACUUUUAGUCCUGAGGAUUAGAGAACUUGGGGGAUGUUCACAUUACCUGAUGAUGUCAAUAUUGUGUUAUGUUUAUUUUUUUUUUAAAAAAGAGAUGCUUAUUUAUUACUGAAAUAAUCUAAACUGAAUAAAUAACUUUUUAAAAAAUUACAUUGGUCCGUAUUAGGUUCCUGAUACAUAUUUGGUGUUUUGUUUGUACUGCUGGGUUUUUCUCCCUCCAGUAUUGGAUGCGUUAACGGGGAGCCUUGAGAAGUUAUGAAUUUUGGUUUGUUCAGAAUUGCUUUUUAUAAGUUUCUGUGACCUCAUGCACUAAAUACUGAUGCUUCCACACUCCUGCAAGUAUGAAAUAAAAGUAUGUUUCUUCA